ACACUCUCAGUGUGAUCCAGCUGAGUGGGUGAAAAGGAAGGGAGGGAGAGAGUGCGAGGGAAGAAGCAGCCACUCUUCAUCCCUCACUCGAGGCUCUCAGGCAGCCAGGCAGAUAUUCUUGGCUUGGAUGCAGUGCUCAUGACAGGAUUAAGAGUCAGGGACACAGGACUAACCGGAGAUCAGCAGGUUCUAGCGGACGAACCCGAGCCAGAUUCUCACCCUGCACGGCUGUGACCGGCCUCCUGUGUCCCUCCACAGUCAUCCAAAAUCCUUCCAAGCUUGACCCGAAUACCUAGAGCCCUUACUUCCUCUCCUCUCUUCUCCAGUCACCAUGCGUCUCCUCACCAUCCUCCUCCUCUUGCUCGUCAUCCGGUCAGCUGAACCCUGGCGAGGCCCUCGGUCAAAGGCCGCACAGAGGGGCACCAGGGGCCGUGUGCGGGGCAAAGGUAGGCCCGGAGUUAUGAGGCGUCAAACUCAGCAGUGUAAGGAAUACACAGAAGCGGGUGAGAAGUACCUGGACUGUCAGGACAGGCAGCUGACCACAGUGAUGCAGGACUGGAGCAAAGACAUUCAUCAUCUGCUGCUGGCAAGAAAUAAGAUUCAGGUUCUGAGGGACAACAUGUUUGCCCAGUUCACCCAGCUGAAGAGCUUGGAUCUCCAGCAGAAUGCCAUCUCCAUGGUAGAGGAUGAUGCAUUCAGCGGCCUCUCUCAGCUCACCACCCUGCUCCUCCAACACAACGACCUGAAAACAGCCUCAGAGGACAUACUGCUUCCUCUGCCCCUCCUCACCUACCUCCGUCUCUAUGACAACCCCUGGAGCUGCCACUGUGGAUUGGACAGCCUGGUCAGGACCCUGCAGGUGCCUAGCAACCGCAAUCUUGGCAACUUUGCCAAGUGUGCAGAGCCUCUUUCACUGAAGGGCCAGAAACUGAAAAAGCUGAAGGUGGACUUGUGUGAGGAAGAUCAAAGUCUGGAGGCCAGAGAGGUGCUGCAACCAGGGCCUUCAGUAGUGAAAGAGAAGUCAGAGGCCACAUCUAUGUGUCGCACAUACAUGUUUCCCAAACCUCUGCUGGACUGUAGCAACAAAGAUCUGACUCGCAUCCCAUCUGAGCUGCCAUCUGACAUAGUAAAGAUGGAUCUGUCUUUUAACAACAUCAAACAUCUCAGGCCCAAACAGUUCCUGCUGUCCAAAGAUCUCAAGCUGCUCAACCUUAGCAGCAACAACCUGCAACUUAUAGACACAGGUGCUUUUGCAGGUCAGCUGUACCUCCGUGAGCUUGACCUAUCCAACAACAGCCUCCAUUACUUCCAGUAUGGCGUACUGGAGGACCUCUACUUCCUAAGAAAGCUCUUGCUGGAGAACAACCCUUGGAUCUGCGACUACAGCAUCCACUACCUAAUUUACUGGCUCAAGCAUCAUCCAGGCAUCUCCUAUACUGGCCUAAUCUGCUCCGAACCGCAGGAAUUCAGGGGCUGGCGUGUUGAAGAUUAUGUCAAAACCUACAACGGAGAAUGUCCCAAGGAUAAACAAACACAGGGGAUGGAUACAGGACAGGGAGCACAAGGAGGGUCAGACAAUGAGGCACAGGAGGUGAUGGCGGAGACGGGUGACAGACAGGCUGAACGUCUUCCACAGCCUCUGAAAGAGAAAUCACCUGACAAGUUUGAGGUCAUCAGGCUGAGUUAGGAUGGAGAAGAAUCGAUGGAGUUUUGUGGUUUAAUUAAGGGAGAAAUCUUUGCAAGAAGAUUGAAACAGAUCUCUGAGGCCAGUAAUGGAUUAUUAAAGGUAGACUUAGUGAUUUGAUG